GGGAGACCCGGAAGCAGUCUGGGCAAAGGAGCGGUUGUUUCAGCUUUAGCCGAAGUCCGGCCCUGAACCUGGAAAAUGCUUCUGGCGCCCCAGAAAAGGUCCUCCUCAAGGAAGAGGUCGGGGCUGAAUGGAUGGAAACAGUUUACAAGGAAGCCGAGUCCCACCAAGCCUGUGUUUGACCCUGACAAUGUGGAAUACUGGAUUAAGAGAGUGGAGAAAGCUUCAGAAUUUUCAGUUUCAAAAGCAUUUUCUGCUGGAAAUUCAGAUUUAUCCAGAAGGCUUUGGGGCCAAAUUGUAGAUUUGGAAACACCUGAGCAAAUAGAGGAUCAUGAUGAAGUCUAUGCAGAAGCUCAGGAAUUGGUCAAUGACUGGUUAGAUACCAAACUUAAGCAAGAACUAGCAUGUGAUGGGGACGGUGAUGCUAAAGACACUGUGUCGCGUAUCCCUCCUGUGCCAGAAGCCAACGGGCAUUUGAAAUAUGACAAGUUCGAUGAUUUAUGUGGUUAUUUGGAGGAAGAAGACGAAAGUACCACCUUUCAAAAAUUCAUAGACCAUCUGCUCCAUAAAGAUGUGGUGGAUUCUGGGAUAUUGGAAGAUCUUGGAAUGAAUGAAAACCAAGACAAGAAGUGGCAGAAGGAUCCUCAUCUUACCAUGGAGAUGAGACAUAAGCAGGUAAAAGAAAAUCGCUUAAGACGUGAGAAAGAACUGGAGCGCCAGAGAAUUGAAAAGACCCUGAAAAAAUCAGCCUUCUUAGAGGCUCAGUAUCUGGUGCAAGAAGAGAAAAAAAGGAAGGCUCUAGAGGCCAAGAAAGAGGAGGAGGAGAUUCAAAGGGAGAUGGUAAAGCUGCGGAGGGAGAUAAUUGAGAGGAGACGCACUGUGGAAGAAGCAUGGAAAAUAGAGAAGAAAAAGCAAGAAGAAAAUUCUCCAAAAAAUCCAGAGAAAGGCAUGUUUCAAAGUGUUCAUAUUCUUCUGGAUGAAGAAAAAAUGGCAAAAGAAAGAAAGAAGAAACUGAAAGAGUUAUUAAUCCAAAUUUUCAAGGAAGAUCACCAGUGUCAAAAACGGUAUUUCUCUGCCUGGCACAAGCUGAUUCUUGAUCAUAGGAUUAAGCUGGGGAAAGCUGGGACCCUGUCUGACUGGAAGUUGCAACUGAAGGUCCUGCGGGCCUGGAGAGACUACACAAGAUCCCAGAAGUUGGGGCGGGAGACUCAAGCCAUGGAAAAUGACCUUAGGGAAGAAAACAGAAAACAACAACUGGCCACUGACUAUAACCGGAAACAAGUCCUCCGACACCAUUUUACAGAAUGGCAGCAUUGGCAUCGUGCAGAGAUCCAAAAGAGAGAGCUGGCUGUUACAAAGGAGGAAACUAGGAAGAAAAUGAAUGAGCUGCUGAAGGCAGCAUCACUAGGGAAACUCAGUGCAAACGUGUCAUCAAGCAUCAGUCUACCUGAGGAGGCAACAGCCAUGGAGGAUCCACCUAGAAAUGGAGAGGUGGCUGCCGUCCCCCCUUUGUUGGAAAAGCCUCCCUCGGGGAGCAAUGGUUAUGUGCCCAGCCCCCACCUAGGAAGACCAACAAAGGACAUCUUGCAGGUUCCCCUCCAGAAUGUCCCUCUGGAUACAUCUGACACUGAACCGCACAAGGCCCUAGAUGUUGAGCCCUCCCAACAGCCUGGCAACAAAGAGAAGCUCAGAACCAGCAGCCAGAAAGCAGAACCUAUGUGCAUGGGUCAUUUCCAUAACCGCCACAUCUUCCAGCAACAGCUGAUUGAAAAGCAGAAGAAGAAACUUCAGGAACAGCAGAAAACAAUUCUGGAGCUGAGGGAAAGCCAGCGGCUGGCAGAGGCUCGGCGGGCAGCAGGGCAUGCCAACACACAGAGCUGCCUGCUGUCAAACCCCAGAGAAGAUGAACGAAAAAGAACCUGCCAGGUGCUUCCAAAUUCGCCUGUUGCUUCCCCUGGUACUGAAGGUAGUAGAAGUGACUCUCGAAGUUCUCUGUCUGGACCCAGAAGGAAUCCAAGGCAGCUGAUGGCACCCCAUCCCAUACUGAAAGCCAUGGAAGAGAGAGCAGUUCAGCGAGCUGAACGUAGGCGGAUCUUGGCAGAGAGGAAGAAAAAAAAAGAAGAGGAGAAAUUGGCUCAGUUAAAGGCCCAAGAGGAGGAACGUCGGAAGAGGGAGGCAGAAGAAAAGGAGGCUCAGCUUGAGAAAAAACGAGAAGAGAAGAGACUGAAGAAAAUGAAAGAACUAGAGAAGCAGAAGAGAAUUAAGAGGAACCAGCAGCUGGAAGCAAUAGCCAAAGAACAUUAUGAAAGCGUAUUGCUAAGAAAAAAAGGUCUGGAGCCUUGGAAGAGACUGAGAAUGCAAAGCAAGCAAAACCUCCAGGUGGCCAAAGGACAUCACUCUUUGGCCCUACAGAGGAAAUGCCUGCUGACCUGGUUCCAGUGGAGUCAGGAAAGCCUGGCUAGGAAGACGGCCAAAGCUGAUCAAUUUUAUUCCCAAAUAUUACUUAGGAGAGUCAUCCGGAGCUGGCUACAGUACCUGACUGACCUAGAGGAAGAAGUACAAACACUGUGUGUACAUUUUCUUCAGAAGAAGAUUUUCAGGGCCUGGUAUAACAUGGUCAGGGAGGCCAGGAUCGAUUCCCAGAACAAGCGCAAGGUUGCGGUGGAGCACAGUGACAGGAGGAUUCUCUGGAUCACAUUUCAGACAUGGAAGAAGUUUGCAAAAUUUACGAAAGAGGAAAGAGGAAAAGAAGAAAGGCGAGAGCAGCUCCGUAGGAAGGUAGCUGAAAUUCUUCCAGACUUCCAGAUGCUCACACCGCUGUGACUCGGGUGUACAGCAAUCAGAUGCUCGGCCCGUGGGUUGCUAAUCAGUCCACUAACGCAUUUAUCACAGCAGGAUCAUCCAAAGGAACAGUCUAGAGCUCUGCUGUUCAAAUGUACCCUAUGUAUUUUUAGGAUCAUAAACUUUAAAAAGGACAAGUGUUUGCUUGCCUGAGACUGUGAAGAAAAAUAUGUCCUUAUAGCUUAAUGUGAAUUGUUGACAAAUGUAACUUUAAUUAAAUAGAAAUUAAAAGUAGUGAGCACUUAGAAAAGGAGGGCCAGUCAUCUGGUACCUUAGCAUCAGCAACAGGCAUCCUGCCAGACCCUGUCCUUUUUGCCCACCUGAUGGAAAACCGUGGAUCAAAAGGCAUUCUAGGCAGCUGCUGCAAAGGGUAGCAGUGUAUCCUGAUUUCAGAGAAACUGGAGCACCAGAGAUACUUCUCUUCAGUGCACUUUGCUAAGCAUGAAGGGAAGUCCAAAAGCUAAAGCCUCUAUCGAAGGCAGUCCAGCAAUUUGUUAAAACGUCUGCUCGUGCUCCCAACUGCAACUUCUAAAUAACACACUCGAUCAGUCUUCCAGUCCUCAGCUCAGUUUGGUCUAUGUAUCAAGGUACUUAUCUUGAAUUCAAAGAUUGUUUUAAUGUUUAAGAUGCUAAAGAAUAUAAAGACUGACAAGACACUCCUGUGAAUUGUCUGAGAGAGUUGCCUGCUAGAAAAAAAGUUUUCAUUACAAAAUACAUGCUCAUUACAACAAAUUCAGGCAGUAAAUGCACACACUAAAACGAGACAGUCCCUUGCAGCCCUGAGGUAACUACUAUUAUUUGAUAAGUUGAAAAUUUGAGUUGGUAAAAUAAAACUCUGUGUGUUGUUCA